UCCACAUCUUCCCUCCUUCCCCCCUCCCUCCAUAUCCCGCCGCCACCUCUACCUCCUUCUCCUCCGCCGACAUCAAAAUGCUCCACCGCCUUCUCCUCCCCACCUACAUUCUCCUCCUCUGCCUCCCAUUCCCCCUCCCCGCCGACGCCGCCGUCCCACUCCACUCCAACUCCACCCACCACCCCUACGCCCACCCAGACCCCGAAUCCGUCGUCCGCGAAGUCCAAAGGCAAGUGGAGUCCUCCCGGCGGCGAGCCCUGCUCCAGGCCAAGGAGAAAGACCAGUCGUCGUGCCUCACCGGCAACCCGAUCGACGACUGCUGGCGGUGCUCUGGCGACUGGCGGUCCGACCGGCAGAGGCUCGCCGAUUGCGGCCUGGGGUUCGGCCGCGACGCCCUGGGCGGCAAGGGUGGCCAGAUCUACGUGGUGACCGACUCCUCCGACCGCGACCCGGUGAACCCGGCUCCCGGCACCCUCCGGUACGGCGUCAUCCAGGAGGGCCCACUCUGGAUCGUCUUCGCCGGCGACAUGACCAUCCGCCUGAACGAAGAGCUCAUCGUGAACAGCUUCAAGACCAUCGACGGCCGCGGCGCGAACGUCCACAUCGCCGGCGGCGCCUGCAUUACCCUCCAGUACGUCUCCCACAUCAUCCUCCACAACCUCCACAUCCACCACUGCGUCCCCGCCGGCGAGGCCAACGUCCGCUCCUCCCCGACCCACUACGGCUGGCGCACCCGAUCCGACGGCGAUGGCGUCUCCAUCUACGGCGGCCGUAACAUCUGGGUGGACCACUGCUCCCUGUCCUACUGCUCCGACGGCCUGAUCGACGCCAUCAUGGGCUCCACCGCCAUCACCAUCUCCAACAACCACUUCUCCCACCAUAACGAGGUGAUGCUCCUGGGGCACAACGACCAGUACCUCCUGGACAUCGGGAUGCAGGUCACCAUCGCCUUCAACCACUUCGGCGAGGCGCUGGUGCAGCGGAUGCCGCGCUGCCGCCGCGGCUACAUUCACAUCGUCAACAACGACUUCACCCAGUGGGAGAUGUACGCCAUCGGAGGCAGCGCCGAACCCACCAUCAACAGCCAGGGCAAUCGCUACACCGCCCCCUCCGACCCCAACGCCAAGCAGGUGACGAAGAGGGUGGACACGGAGGAGGGGGAUUGGACGGGAUGGAACUGGAGGACGGAGGGCGACAUCAUGGUGAACGGGGCCUUCUUCGUGCCGUCGGGGGCGGGGUUGGAGGCUACCUACGCCAAGGCGGAGAGUCUUAAUCCGAAGUCGGCUGCCCUCAUCGACCGGCUAACCAUGAAUGCCGGCGUCCUCGGUGGGCCCAGGGAUAACGAUAUGGGGACGGGCUAUUCUGGAGUCAGCAAUGGAGGGACCGGCACGACGGCAUACAGUGGACCAGGAUAUGGAAGCCUCGGGAUGGCGUUUGCGAGCGGCGCACCAUCGCCUCCUUCACACUGCUGCUCCCUUUUAAUUUUGUGUUCCUCCCUACUCAUUGCUCUCUUCUCUCUACUGAGCUUGCAUCCUUUGUAGCUGUAGACCUUUGAGGGAUAAAUUCUUCAUGAUAGAAAUUUAAAUGAAGAAUAUUAAUCAUUUUAAAUUA